AUGAAUAUUAGUGAUAGAAAUAUGGAUAUUGAACCAAUUGAACAAAAACCAUCAAUUCCAUAUGUUUAAGAUGAAAAAUAAGCCUUUUUUAAUUUUAUUAAAUCAAUAAUCGGAAUAGGAGCAAUUUCAUUUCCUUUUGCAGCUAAUAAAGUAGGAUGGUUAGGUUCUAUUUUAAUAACAAUUCCAGUACUUUUUUGCACUAUUAAGUAUUUUUAUUUACAUUUAUGAU